GAUUCAGGAGCACACCUCUGCCCGUGGGGUCGGUGAACGGACGCGCCCGGCAAUGGUAUACGAGUGGCUGAUAUGUGCUGCCCUUGGAGUAUUCUCUGUACUGUAUGUGUGGAGAAAGCGGAAGUUCUCUCUGUUUCAUGACCUCAAUAUCCCUGGACCUACGCCGAGCUUGCUAUUUGGAAACACUCGUGAGAUCCGUAACAAGGGUACUGUUGAAUGCUUCACGGAGUGGCUUAGCCAGCACGGUGACAUCGUCGGAUAUUACAAUGGCAGCCUCCCGUUUCUAAUUGUGAAGGACACUGAGCUGCUGAAAAGAAUCUUGAUCAAGGACUUCGACAACUUUCAGUCCAGGGGUGUGCUUUCGGUUUAUGCCAAGUGCAGCAGCAACAUGCGACACAAUUUACUCAACACCACGCCUGACCGAUGGAAAGCAAUGCGCAAUAUGAUAACGCCAGUGUUCACUUCGGGCAAGAUGAGACAGAUGUCGGGACUUCUUCAAACUUGUACGGACGAGUUUCUGGAAAUGAUAGACAGAAAAGAGGGAGACGCGUUCAACAUCUACGACAACUUUCAAAGACUCACUAUGGAUGUGAUCGUGAAGGCGGCGUUCGGAAUGCAAAUGGAGUUUCAAAAGGGCUGCAGAGGACAAGCGCAAGAAUACUUCCUCGCCCUUGCAAGACAGUCAGUACGGCCGUCGUUUCACUCGAUACUCUUCGUAGCAAUGAACUGCCUGGCGGAACUGGCUUUCUUCUGGAAGUUAUUUCUGGCCCUGUUCGGACGGUUCUUUGCGCAGUCCAUAGACAACAUGACGGAGAGUUUAGAUUCCAUAAUAGAGCUUCGAAGAAGCAAACCUGACGCUACGCGGAGAGACCUGCUGCAGGCAAUGCUUGAUGUAAGAGUGAGCAACGACGAUAUUAUUGACGUCAAUAAGCUGACGGCACGAUACGACGUCGAACAGGAUAGCGAUGGAGUGUCAGGUCCAAAGACCACUGGUGUGAAGAGCCGCUACAUGACAAAUGCAGAAAUCCGGGCCAACGCCACUACGUUUCUGUUGGCCGGAUAUGAAACAACCAGCACGGCAUUGGCCUUUGCAACAUACCUUCUGGCCAAGCACCAGGAUGUACAGGACAGGUUAAGGGACGAAAUCACUGACACCAUCACUUCACACGGAGAACUAAAUCACGACGCCGUGUUGGGAAUGAAGUACAUGGAACAAGUCUUUUCAGAAUCGCUUCGCUAUUAUCCCCCCGUUAUAGGAUUCACAACCCGCACGGCCGCCAAUGACUUCCACCACAAAGACGUAACCAUUCCAGCAGGUGUAGCUGUCCUUGUGCCCACCUACCAGUUGCACCAUGAUCCGGACCUCUGGCAUGAACCAGAGAGGUUCGAUCCCGAGAGGUUUCAUCCGAGCAACCGAACACAACUGGACUCGAUGACCUAUCAGCCCUUUGGCAGCGGACCAAGAAACUGCGUCGGCAUGCGAUUUGCUCAGCUUGAGGCCAAACUUACGCUGGCCAAGAUGCUUUCGAAGUACAGGGUGUUCUUAGACGACCGAUACACACAACUCCCAUUGCAGGUCUCGUCCACAACCGUUUUAAUGCACCCCAAAGACGGAGUUUGGGUCCAACUGGAGAAGUUGAAAGGAAAAUGAAUGGGACUACAGCAAUAAUCAACAGUAAUAAAUAGUUCGUACAAGA